UGUCUCAUUGUUAUCUUCACGGCGACACAUCGCUGCUGUUGGCCUAUACAACGCAGCAUAUCCACGUCGUCCAUUCGCUGCUGCAUCUUGUUCCAGCGCAUCUAGCACUUCUAGCAGCCUCCGUUCACUGCUUCACUACUGCUCAGAGCAUCCAUCCACUACCACCACUCCAUCCACACUCCAAGAGCAAAAUUUUCCGGCAUCCAUCGCAGCACACAGGUCGAGCGUGUCCCCGGAUCCAUGUCUGACCGACAGCGGUCUUCUCCGCAGCCGCCAUCCUCCUCAUCUGACCGCGAUCCAGCAGGCUUCCGCCCAAAGCGCGACAUACGAGGCCGCGACAAGCAGCAACAGCCGCCGUAUGAUCAGCUAGAUCAUCCACGGCCUAGUCAUGGACAGCGUGGGCUUAUACAGCAUCCUCAACAACGAUCGCAGAGCAGGGAAUUUCCACCGCGACCGUAUAGUGGCGAGUAUGCACGGCAGCAACGACCACCGAGUCGCGAGUAUCCGCUGCCAGCUCCUAUGAGACUGCAUGAAGAUGAUUUACUGCGGCAUGAUCGGUUCAAGCAGGUCAGACGGUCACCGCCGCCUGUGGAUGUCCGAGUUAAUGGAAACAUGCCGCACGACAGACGGCAAAGCAGCGAAGGACCAGCGAGGCAUCGCCUGCAGGCUCCUCCGGGUCCAGGCGCAUCGGAUCCUUCACGGCCAUAUCCUGUCAGGCAAGGAGGACAAAAGUUUCAAGAGGCACGAGACGGCGUGCCCCAUGGGCCGCGCCAACCUGGCUAUGACAAUUACAGAGGUCGACCUCCCGUAACGGAUGGCUCUGGACAUGCGAUAGAGAGACCUCGACAGGGUCUGCCGCACCAGGGACGCUAUGAGUCUGAGGAUAUCUAUGAUAAAUGGCCGCAUUCAAGAGAAACACCGCUGCAAAGAGACAGACCGGUGCAGGCGCAAGCUACAGGUCAAAGACGAGGGCCACCGUUGCCACCUCAAGCUCCGCCAUUCAAUGUUCGAGCACCAUUGCAUGCUCAGUCGCCACGGGAUGUAAUGAAUAGCUGGGAACGGUCGCUGAGAGAUGAAGGCAGACAGGCCAGAGGGCCCCCGGGACCAGCGCAUGCACGGAGAUUUGAUGAUGACUAUGAACGACAGAGUGCUGCUCCCGGAUCUGGAGGGCGCGCUGCACAGCGUCCAUUCAAUACACCACAAGGUCAUGCUCCCCGUCAGCGUGAUGAUCAGGGUCCUCCUCCCAGUCAACGAGACGAUCGUGGGCGACCACCCCGUCAAUGGGAUGACUCGACUGUUGCACCCCGUCGGAGGGACAAUCAAGGUCCUUUGCCCCAUCAGAGAGAUGAACAAGCUUCUUGGCGCAGUGCCCGGCAGCCGGACCUCGUGCAAGACCAGCGGCCGCAUGUACAAGGCAAUGGACAACGGCCACAUCAGCCUACUCAUGGGCAACGCAACAAAAAUCAGCACAAACAAGAUCAACAACGUACUCAAGGCCGACAGCGACGCUGGUCGCACUCUUCUCGCGGCUCAAACGAUACCGUGCGUUCCAAGUCGCGUAGUGUCCAAGGCCAGCGACAAAGUCAGUCGCCUGAAGCAAUCUCGAGAAAACCACGCCCACCUCCCACUGCACCCAAAGCAGAUAUCAGACCGCCGUCUCCUCCGUUUGCUCGACCGACGCAAGCCUCCGUCAAGCGUAGUCCAUCACCGACGGUCAAGACCCCUGCCAAGCGCCAGCGUGUCGACCAGAGCGAGUCUCGACCUGAAUCGCGCGAUCAAUCAGCCGUGGGCACGCCGCGUUCUGGCUUCCGCAAGUCCACCUUUGCCGAUGGCGCCGUCUAUGAACGUAUUGGUCAAGUGGGUGAAGGUACCUAUGGAAAGGUCUAUAAGGCAAAACAUCGUGCUACAGGUGAGGUGGUGGCACUCAAGCGUAUUCGCAUGGAGCAAGAACGGGAUGGCUUUCCCAUCACAUCCAUGCGCGAAAUCAAGCUGCUCCAACGUCUGGAACACCCUGGUGUUGUCACGUUGCUCGAGAUGAUGAUUGAAAAGGGAUCCGUUUAUGUGGUAUUUGAGUACAUGGAACACGACCUCACCGGGCUCUUGGCCAAUCCACAAAUCGACUUUUCUCCUGCCAACAUCAAAGACUUGUCACAGCAAUUCUUCUCUGGUCUUGCGUAUCUGCACGAUCAAGGCGUCUUGCACCGUGAUCUCAAGGCUUCCAACAUCCUGCUCAACAAUGCAGGCGAGCUGAAAUUGGCUGAUUUUGGUCUGGCUCGGUUCUAUCAUAAGAAUAUGACGCGGGCAGCAGACUACACUAAUCGUGUGAUUACCUUGUGGUUCAGACCACCGGAGUUAUUGCUCGGUGCCACAGCGUAUGGUGCUUCUGUCGAUAUCUGGUCUGCCGGCUGCAUCUUUGUUGAGCUCUUUACAAAAACAGCACCCUUCCCGGGCAAAGAUGAAAUUCACCAACUGGAACUCAUCUACCAGCAUAUGGGUACAGCAACGCGCGCGUCUUGGCCAGGUGUUGAAGCACUGCCGUGGUUCGAGCUCGUCAAACCAGGUCAGUUUCCCGAGGGUAAGUUCAAAGAGCGUUUCAGUGGUCAGCUCUCACCUGCUGCAUUACAGCUUGCAGAAGAGAUCCUUGUGCUGGAUCCUGCCAAGCGGCCUACUGCAAGUGCACUGCUCAAGCAUGCCUACUUCACCGAAGAACUUCCCCACGCAGAACGACGUGUGUUGAGUGAUACGACAGAGUCGCAUGAAUGGGACAGUAAGCAGCGGAAGCGCGAAGAGCGGAAACGGACUGGUUCGAGCAAACUCGUACCACCUCCACAAAAGCACAAGAGUAAAACGGCAGUGCAGCACGCCGCUGUUGUGAGCUCUGGUUCGCGUGGUUCUGGUGGGCAAAGUGCAGGGACAGCACCACCUAGUACAUCUGACUGGGAUCCUGGUGAGAAGGAGAGUACGGGCCGUGCAUCGGCUUGAAAGCAUCAGGUUGCCAUGGGUCUACUUUGUGUACUGUAAAAUAACGUAGUCGACAAUCCUGCACCACACACUACACUUUCAUACUUUGAACCACGCUAUACCUCUAUGUCUGAUCCUGCUCAGCAAGCCCUGCAUGAAGGCUUCCGUGCCUUGCAACAGCUCCUUGCUCAACCACAAGACGGUCUUGCUCUGCAUAAUCUAACCAAGCACUUCUCACAGGCCAUCAAGCUGAAUCCAAACAAUGUCAAGCAAGUUGCUCCAUCCCUAGAAUCGUGUGGCAGAAAGCUCUGUGCGCUGGCCAUGUGGGCACAAGCUCUCAUUUGUGAGAAGGACGCUGCUCUACGGUGUGAGUAUG